AUGCCGGGAGUCACCAAGUACAAUUUGGUGGAUGACGCGCACGAUCUGAGGGUCCCCAUGCACAACGAGGAGGUGUUUCAGCAUGGGGUGAGCUUCGAGGCGAAGUACAUUGGCAGUUUGGAGGUGGGUCGCCCCGGCAGCCGCAUGGAGAUAGUCGCCGCAAUGAGGAGAAUCAGAUAUGAAUUCAAACUGAAGAACAUCAAGAAGAAGAAGGUCAACAUCGUUGUAUCCACCGAUAGUGUCAAAGUAAUAUUACGCAAAAAGAAAAAGAGAAAAGGGUGGUCGUGGGAUGACAACACCAUCCUGGUGACGCAGGAUCCCAUCUACAGAAUCUUUUACGUCUCACAUGAUGCGCAAGAUCUGAAGAUUUUCAGUUAUAUAGCGAGAGAAGGCCAGAGUAACAUUUUUCGCUGCAAUGUGUUCAAGUCUAAGAGGAAGUCUCAGGCCAUGAGGAUCGUGCGGACGGUGGGUCAGGCCUUUGACGUGUGCCACCAGAUGACCCUGCAACAGAAAAGCGAUGAACAGGAGGAAGGGGAGGAUGAGGAGGGGGGGGAGGCUGGGGAGUCUGAGGAGCAAGAAGCGGCUCCAGGCGACAGCUGUCACCGCCUCUCGUCGUGGCGCAAAUCUAAGAAAUCAAACCCCCUCGAUGCCUCUCUCUCCUCAGCGAAGAAGAGGUUGGCGUUGUCAGAGGAGACGGACCUUGAAGGCACCACGGAGGAGAGUAUCGAGUGCGCCUCCUCGUCAGACCCUGAGAAGAACAAAAGCGACGAGGCCUUGGGUGCAGAUGGAGAGGCGUCCGGUUCCUCGGAGCGUCACCUCCAGCUGCUGAGGAAACAGCUGCAGCAGCAGGAGCAGCAGGCGCUGGCGGCCUCGGCCCAGGUGCACGUGCUGCAGGAGCAGCUGUCGGUGGAGGUGUGCGCACGGACCGAGGCCCAGACCCGAGUGCAGAGGCUGCUGCAGCAAAACACCGACCUGCUGCAGCACAUUUCGCUCCUGGUCAAACAGAUCCAGGAGCUGGAGCUCAAAUCGGCCGGCCGCUUGACAUCCAUGGGCUCCCAGGACAGUCUUCUGGAGAUAACUUUCCGUGCCAAGCCCCCCAGCUUGCCUUGUACGCCGCUCGCCCCUUCUUCUUCGUCGACAGCCCCGUCGGCGUCUCAGUCCCAGCUCCAAAUUAGCGACGGCGCUUGGGUCUCUGCUCUGCCGGGGCCCUGCUCUCCGAGCGCGGCGGACAACGCCCCCCUGGGCCCGGGGGGCAGCGCGGUCCGGCUGGAGUGCUUCCGCUUCUCGUCCCUGGGGGCCGACCACCAGGGCCCGGGCCCGUACGCGGGGGAGACUCCCAGCGAGGAGGGCUCGCUGCUGGGGGAGCAGGUCCUGGGAGCCCUGGAGCUGCUCCGUUUCAGGGAGUCCGGGAUCGGGUCGGAGUACGAGUCCAACACGGAUGAGAGCGACGACCGAGACAGCUGGGGGCAGGGAGAAGGCGUGGGGGCGGAUGGUGCCGCACGACUCUUUAACGUGCUGAACGCAGAAAGCCUGCCAGACUGCAUAGGCGAUGAGAUGGCUGUUUAA